GUAUGUCAACGUGGUGUGCCUCACCAUCUAGGCCACAGAUUACCUUCUAAUGUUUGGUUCUGAGUACAAUCACAUCUGGGAAUCAAAAUGGAGUGCUAUCAAAACCCUGUAUCUUUUAGCCCGAUAUAGUGCAUUCGUGGAGAUGCCCUUGGUCAUGAUCCUCUAUCACACCCCAAAUAUGCCCAUCACUAGAUGUGCGUCCGUAAAUCAGGCGGCUACAUGGCUGACUGUUUUUGGCAUUGCUAUGGCGGAAGUCAUUCUCAUCCUACGAACUUAUGCCGUCUGGGGGCAAAACAAGAAGGUUUUGCUAUUUAUGGGCUUAUUUUUCUGUGCAAUUUUCUUCACAAAUAUCUCCGUAUUGGUUGUGUUUCUAAAAUACCUUCAAUGGGUCGUUUGUGGGUGACACUAUUCACUGAUGGGAUUAUCUAUUACCUCUUAUUUCUCGUGAAUAUGAUAGCCAAUGUCAUUAUAUUAUUUGGCCUUCCUGUCCAGUAUAGCGAUUUCUUGAAUCCUUUUCAAGGCGUUAUACACAGCGUACUUUCCUGCCGAGUAAUCCUCAACUUGCGGGCAGCAGGUUCUAGGCAGGAUAGUUUGCUGGGAGAGACAUCGCAAUCAUUGCAAUUUGCUAUGCAGCAACGUGCCGGAACCACCUCUUCCAGCAGUACAUCUACGGUUGUACAAAUUGCAAAUUCUCGCAACAUUGACGAAGAACAUGGCGUUGAUGACCAGACAUGACAUGAUGGCAAUAUGAUUCAACGAUGGUAUGACGGCAUAACAAAGAAGAUAAAUAUUUACUCUGCAAUUAUGCUGUAUACUUAUUUGGAAUAAACUGUCAGCUC